AUGCAGCCAGAUUUAGCUCCAGAAUCAUCAGACUGUGCGUUGGGUGGAACGCACUUAAACGACUCAUCUCAGAUGAGUUUUGUCUGCCUGAUGAUGGAGUCGAGCCUCACGCAGAAGGCGAAGGCAGUCAGUCAUUUUGGGGCACUUGAAGAAGCCGACCCUCAGUGCCAAACUGCUUCCAAUCCUCAACCAGCGCAAAGACUGAUGGUUCGCCGCGAAACUCACCGUUUUAACCCGGUUGCACCUCGACGCUCUUGGAGGCGUCGCCGUCCGGUGUACAUUGAUCUUGACCGCGAGGCUACCCCCGACCCCAGAGCCGGCCCCCCUCAUGUUGCUGGCCGACACAUAAGUGAACCUGUCGUUGUGGAACAUGCGCACGAGGUACUCAUGGCGGCCGGACAACUCCCUGUGGUCAACCCCCAACAUCCAACCCACGUCUUUGAAGAAAACCAUCCCAGACACAUGCCGCCGGCGCCGACCUUGGCUCAACCAAAUGCCAACCCCGUCGUGGCUCGUGUGCCUUUCCCACCGGAACGAGCAGCCAUGGAGUCAAUCCGUAUGGAGACCUAUCUCAACCUCGCUCACAUACCUCGCGACGACCUCCGUACCCGUGCACGCCUUCUGGUCCACGGCAUUGGCCAUUGGACUUUUUUCCGCGCCACCAACGAAGCCGAAUUGAAUCAAUUGGGAUUCCCCUUGGGCAUUGCCCGCUUGUUAUGUGAAGGGGUUGCUCGCUUGGAGGCGUUUGUGGAAGAAAUGGAGCGAGAGGGGAUUGAGAUGUCCCCAAUCUUAUAG